GUUAUGCGUACAGAUGACUAUACAAGCGAGAAAAUACUGAUAGUCUGGAGGUUUAUUCACCUAACUAGCUCAUCUUUAUGGACAGUGCAGUAAGUGUUAAUGUGCAGAAUGCACACUGGUUGUAAUCCCGCUGCUGUCCUGACGCUGUGAAUGCGCUGCCGGGUGAAGCGCCGCACCGGAGCGCAGACUGACAACAGCGGUGAGAAGGAAAGGAAGAAAGAAACGGGCGCAUCUGACAACAACUUAGACACUGAGGUUAAUUGAUUAUUUAAGCGUCUAUCCUCAGCUCUUUCUGGCAGAACUGAGCAAGCGGGAUUGGAAAGCCGAUUCUCGCUGGAGAUGAUGCGGAAUUCGGCGGUUGCGCAAAGCCGCAACGAAGGACACAGGCCGAGCGGAGGGGAGCGCAGGAGGAUGCUUAUUCCCUGCCAGGGUAGAUCCAUGUGGACAGGAGGUGUUCCAUAAUCACAAAGCCCCUCCCCUUCCCUUACCCAUUCCCCUCCUUGGAUCCUGCCAUUGGUGGUGCUUUUCACCUAUCACACCUUGGUCACCAUGACGUCCUCUCUGCAGACGUUGGCCUUUAAACUGGCUCCGCCUCCGCGAGAAGUCGGUCCGGAGCCAUUGGACCCUUGCGAUUUAGGAACGGAGCGUCGGUAUGAGGUGGUACCCUCCGUUGUCUGCUCCAUGUGCUGCCUGUUCGGCAUCAUCUACUGCUUCUUCGGCUACCGCUGUUUCAAGGCUGUGCUCUUCCUGACAGGCUUAAUGUUCGGCUCUGUGGUGGUCUUCCUGUUGUGCUAUAAGGAGCGAGUACUGGACACACAGCUGAGCGCUGAGGCAAGCGCGGGCAUCGGAUUGGGCAUCGGCACACUGUGCGGUCUGGUCACCAUGCUGGUGCGCAGCGUUGGUCUCUUUAUGGUCGGCCUGCUGCUGGGUCUGUUGGCAGGCAUUGGCACUCUGGUGGGCAUGGAGGAGCUGUCGUCAGCGCCGCCACGCUCGGUGUGGGUGCCGCUCGGGGUGCUUCUGGGCCUGGGAAUGCUCUUUGCUGUCCUGACGCUGCAGUGGCAACGCUUCUUCACCACUUUAUCUACAGCAGCAUUCGGAGCAGCAGUCAUUGCUGUGGCAGCCGAUUACUUUGUGGAGCUGUUCGCAUUGGUGCGCUACAUCUAUGAGCGGGUGAAGGCUGUUCCUGCUCGCUCAGAAUGUUGGGUGACGUGGGCAGUGCUUGGAGCCUGGCCUGCCCUCGCCCUGCUGGGAGCACUCGUUCAGUGGCGUGUGACAGCUGAGGGAUAUUCUCACACUAAAGUGAUGAUAAGUCGUCAGCAGCGGCGAGUGCAGCUCAUGCGGAUCCGGCAGAAGGAAGAAAGGAGAGAGUGCAGCAGGAAGAAGAGGAGAAAGCAGCAGUCGCAACACCACACACACUCAGGCAAAGCCAUGCACCCUGAACCACCGUACCGCAGGAAACCCCAGCCCGUCCGACGCUAUGACGGAGACGUGCUCUCUCCGAGCUACAUCCAGAGUUUCCGAGAGCGGCAAGGGGAAGGGUGUGCGUAUCCUGGUGCCCGGCUCUCCGGCACACACACAGCUGUGGACAUUGACUACGACUGCGGGUCCACGGUCCCCCUCACCUCCGGGGCUGGACCUAACCCUCGAGUGUGACGACACACACUCUGAGGCAUUCAUCUCACUGUCCUAGUGCUGUCUCGGGCCCAUCUGUGUGCGCGCACGGCUGUAAGAACGGUAUAGACAAUGAGCCGGGGUCGGGGGGAAGCUGCAGGCAUGAGCAUGUUGCUUAAGGAGUGAAUUCAAGACUUGCACGCACCUAGACAUAACCAUACACACUCUCAUCCAUGCAUACGCACACUACUGCUGAACACGUGCCCGAGCCCGAGCCCUUGUCAGUCACACUUGGGAUUACGAGCUGAAGAAUCAACCGAGGUCCGGCUCUGUCACACUGUCGUUGUUUUUGUUGUUUUAAACAUAACGUCAGUGUGAUAAAGCGGCACAGCGAACCUCUAUAACCAUUUCCUGUAUGUCCUGCAUUACUGCAAUGAUAAAAAUUCUCUCUUGGUGCUGAAAAGAUCCUUCUUCUCAUCCGUGGAUUCUAUCGUUUACAUCUGCAUCGUCAUAUUUCACUUUUUUCAUAACGAACUGUUACCAAAUAGCUGUGCAGGAGGGGGAUUGCCUUGAGGCUCCAGUGGGAGGCUGUUUCAGGAGAAUCUGCUCCUUGGUCUUGUUUUAACAAGGCUGCAGGGGAACGAGCCAUAUUACAGCAGACUCUCUGGUGCGGUCUGAGCGUGUGGGUUUUUUAAUUUAAUUUAUUUCUUUUUUCCUUGUGAUGGUGACAGGAAAACAAGCGGUAAAACGAUACUCAGGGACGGCUGGAACACUGCGAUCUGUUGAAAUUAAUGGCAAUAGUGGUAGUAGCACUAGCUGUUGGAGUUCGGAGAAUGAAACACGGAGCUCUCUUUUUUUUUUUUCAUAGUUGUAUUUUUGGACAUCCCCAGAGCCGUUUGGCAUCAGCGAAUCCCUUGUGAAAUCCUGUCGCUCAUUGCUGUGCUUUUUGCCGUGCCGUUUUGAAGUGUAGUGAUGAUGCUGAUGCCAUCUAUUAACAUCUGUGGUGUUGUCAUGAACAAGAUUUUUGAUCAUCUGUGUGCUUGAUCGAAGCGUGCUCUUCCGGGGUAUCUGUUAAUCUUUCUCUUUUUCUUUCUCUAUUGUUUUUUUGUCCUACUUGAAAAUUACAGUCGAGUCGCUGCAUUUCCGUUUUGUACAUACUGUAGAAUGCACAUUUACUGUUUAAUUUGUCUUUAUUAUUUAUUUGACUUACUUUUAGUGUUUUUUUAUUAAUGUGACGCUGAGUCACGACAGGCAUAUUAUUUAUUCCACAGCUUAUUUAUUUUGCAUCCGAGACAUGCUUACACACAUUCCCCUCCUCUGACAGCAGAGUUUGCUCGAAAAAAAACAACAACGAGCGAACGUUUCUCAUCAGGACAUGCACCUUACAAUCUAAUGUUAUUCUUAUUGUAAUUAUUAUAAAGCAUGUAUUUGUAUGAACCUGAAUAUUACGAUAAAGUAUGUGAUUCCAACAUGUGGGAUGUGAGAUGUUUUUCUUGGAUAC